AUGACAUCCUCUCGCUAUUCAGGGUCUUCGUGCCACGAUCUGGAUAAUACUCUACGUAUUGAUGCUGGAUCGUGUCGCGGAGGAUUCGACUUCUCUUUUUUGUUUGAGGAGACAAUCCUCCAGAUUUUACCUACUAUAUUAAUGCUAAUCAUUAUUCCUGUCCGCCUAUGGACUCUCUUGCCAAAACGAACCAAAGUUGUGGGGUCAUGGUUGGUCUUCAUCAAGCUUGCAGCUUGGUUUGCACUACUGGGUCUUCAAAUUGCACAAACAGCCUUAUGGGCACUUCCGGCAGCCGACAGUACCAAGGCAUCGCUUCCAGCUAAUGUGCUCCUCACAAUCGGCGCACUCACACUCGCUCUGCUUUCUUAUGCAGAGCACACGCGCUCUGUGCGACCCUCCUUUGUUUUGAAUGCCUACCUCUCCUGCAGCUUGCUCUUCGAUGUCGCUCGUGCGAGAACGCUAUGGCUACGCAGUGUGGAUACCUUCAAUGACACCCUUGCCAUUGUUGCUACAGUAGCGGUGGGUGUGAAAUUGGUUCUAUUCGUCCUGGAGGCUGUGGAGAAGAGACACAUUCUCAAAGUGGAAUACGCGGGGUAUCCGCCAGAAGCGACUGCAGGUUUCUACAACCGUGCAGUGUUCUGGUGGCUGAACCCACUUUUCAAGAUCGGGUUUACCAGCAUCCUGCGUGUAGAUGAUCUCUCUUUAUUGGAUAAAGAACUGAGCUCUGAGCGCCUACUGGCUCGAUUUGAAGGAAAAUGGAGCAAAGUCACAACCAAGUCGCCCAACACUCUCCAAUGGGAGUCAAUGAAGGUUGUCAAAUGGCCUCUUCUUGCAGGUAUUCCUGCUAGAGCUUGCGUUGUAGCCUUCAAUUUCUGCCAGCCUUUGCUAUUGGAGCGAUCGCUCUCAUUCUUCAAUUCCCCGGUCAACAAGAGUACCCAAAACAUCGGAUAUGGACUCAUUGGCGCCUAUAUCCUGGUUUACGGCGGCCUGGCCGUUUCAAUGGGCCAAUAUCAACAUCUCACAUACCGCGGGAUUACCAUGGUCCGUGGUGUUCUUGUGACAAUGCUAUACAAGAAAGCCAGCUGUCUGAGCCUAGGCGAGACCGACCCCGCCAAUUCGCUCACUUUGAUGAGCGCAGAUGUCGAACGAAUCACACAGGGAUGGCAGACCAUGCAUGAGAUUUGGGCGAACUCGGUUGAGAUUGCCUUAGCUAUCUACCUUCUGAAGACUCAGCUUGGGAUUUCCUGUGUCGUCCCUGUUUGCGUCGCUCUGUUUGCUUUGAUUGGAUCGUUGGUCGGCAUGUCCUUUGUGGUUGCACGGCAGGCGCAGUGGCUGGAAGCUAUCGAGAAGCGCAUUUCCUCCACUUCUGGGAUGCUUGGGUCAAUCAAGGGGGUCAAAAUGCUUGGCCUGCAGAAUUCCUUCAUGAGCUUCAUUCAUGGUCUUCGGAUCAGCGAGCUGGAUAUCUCCAAGAAGUUCCGUACUCUUCUGGUGUACAACAUGGCAUUUGGUUGGUUGACUCGGAUUUUUGCCCCGAUCUUUACCUUCGGUAUUUAUGUCGGUACCUCAAGCGAGCCUUUGAGCGUCUCUCGGGCUUUCACAUCUCUAUCCCUAUUCUCACUUCUGGCAGACCCUCUCUUGACUCUGGUUAUGGCACUCAUGUCUUUCGCUGGCUCGGUUGGAUCGUUCCAGCGUAUUCAACAGUUCUUGGACAAAGAAGACCACGCCGAUCGUAGAAAUGGUUCCUCGAAGACUUUGUCCCUCGAUGAUCUCGCUGAAAAGCGUCCGUUGUCGAAAGCUAAAGACCUUGACCUGUCUUCCUCUUCCAUCAACUCAGACUCUGUCGAGUCGCUCAAGCGCUCUAGCGCUCUGUCUUCUACGAAUGCUGUCGUUGUCCAAAGUGGAAGCUUUGGGUGGGAAGCCGGUAAGGAUCCAAUCCUUAAGGACAUUACCCUCACCAUCCCUCAAGGCAGCUUCACUGUUAUAAUUGGGCCAUCUGGAUGCGGCAAGUCUACUUUGCUGAAGGCUCUCCUUGGAGAAAUCACCUGUUCUGACGGCAAGGUUGCUCUCUCGUCUCCCAGCGUUGCAUACUGUGAUCAAACCCCGUGGCACAUGAAUGGCACCAUUAAAGACAGCAUUGUUGCAAUGUCUGACUAUGAUCCUCAAUGGUAUGCCUCAGUGAUUCAGGCUUGCGCUCUUCAAGAAGAUCUCGCACAGUUCCCUCGUGGAGAUUCUGCUGUUAUUGGGAGCAAAGGGAUCGCCCUCAGUGGGGGCCAAAGUCAACGUAUUGCACUUGCACGAGCUGUGUAUGCCCGGAGAAAGAUCAUGAUCCUCGAUGAUGCUCUCAGCGGUCUCGACGCUACAACAGAGAAUCACAUCUUCCAUAGUCUUUUCGGACCCAGAGGUCUCCUCAAAGAGAUUGAAUGUUCAGUGAUCGUCGCUUCAUCUUCUGUCAAACGGCUUCCCUACUCUGAUCACAUCGUUGUCUUGGAGGCAGGUGGUCGUAUUUCUGAACAGGGAAGCUUUGCUUCUCUGAACAAGACUGGUGGAUAUGUGUCAAGCUUCGGACUAGGUUUUCCCGAUUGGGAGUACAGGCCUAAGCGAUUCUCCGACUCUCCUAGUUACAGCAGUAUCGACACUAUCCAGAAAGAAAAGGAGACAGUGAUCGAAGAGCCAGCGCAACAUAUCGAUCGCGGUGGCGAUCUCGGAAUUUACACAUACUACAUUGACGCCAUCGGAUGGGUCCCCGCGAUUAUCUUCAUGGUCGCUAUGGCCGGUUUCGUGUUCUGCAUCUCAUUCCCCAGCAUCUGGGUAAAAUGGUGGGCCCAGUCCGACACCGAACAUCACAAACAGGAGUUCGGCCACUAUCUCGGUAUCUACGCGAUGCUUGGCUGUAUCGCCAUGCUGGCACUGAUUGUCGGCUGCUGGCAAAUGAUCAUCACCAUGGUCCCAAAAUCUGGCGAGAGUUUCCACCGCAAGCUGCUUACGACUGUGCUUGCCGCUCCGAUGCUUUUCUUUUCCUCUACCGACAGCGGUUCCAUCCUCAACAGGUUCAGUCAAGACUUGCAACUCAUCGACAUGGAGCUUCCUAUCGCCGCGAUCAACACUGUUGCUACAUUCUUCCUCUGUCUGGCACAGAUGGCUCUUAUUGGGGUCUCCUCAAAAUACGCAGCUAUCUCCUUCCCGAUCGUGCUCGGUAUCUUGUUCCUCAUUCAGAAGAUGUACCUGCGCACCUCCCGCCAGCUCCGUUACUUGGAUAUCGAGGCCAAGGCUCCGCUGUACUCUAACUUCACCGACUGUCUUCAAGGACUCGUGACUCUGCGGGCCUUUGGGUGGCAACAUGAAAUGGAGAAGAAGAACAUCGCUCUCCUAGACCACUCCCAACGACCGUUUUACUUCAUGUUUGCUAUCCAGCGCUGGCUCACUCUGUCUCUGGACAUGGUUGUAGCAGGAAUAGCUGUUCUUCUUAUCGUGCUUGUCGUCGCUAUGCGUGGAUCAGACCUCAGUGCAGGCUACGUUGGUGUUGCGCUAUUGAAUGUUAUCCAGUUCAGUCAGAGCAUCAAGCUUCUGGUUACCUUCUGGACCAACUUGGAGACACAUAUCGGUUCCAUCCAGCGCAUCAAGGACUUUACGUCAACUGUCGAGUCGGAAGACAAGCCUGGUGAAGACCAAGACGUGCCCCCUAACUGGCCCUCAAAGGGUGCAGUCGCCUUCAAUUCCGUCUCUGCAGCCUACAGGCCCUCCGAGCCAGUUCUCAACAAUGUCUCUCUCACUGUUCAGGCAGGUGAGAAAAUUGGCAUCUGCGGACGCACCGGAAGUGGAAAAACAUCCAUGAUCAUGAGUAUCUUCCGAAUGAUGGAACUAACUAGCGGCACCAUCACCGUGGACGGAGUUGACAUCACUCGACUCCCGCGACGAGAAAUCCGCUCGCGCAUCAACGGUGUAUCACAAGACUCCCUCCUAUUCCAAGGCAGCGUCCGGUUGAACGCAGAUCCAACUGGCAGCCGUACCGACCAAGACAUCUUGGCAGCUCUGAAGAGCGUUCAGCUUCUCCCUGCGAUCCAAGAAAAGGGCAAUCUAGACACGGACAUCGAUGAGAUCCACCUGUCUCACGGCCAAAAACAACUCUUCUGCCUUGCGCGCGCGCUCCUCCGCCCGGGCAACAUCCUCAUUUUGGAUGAAGCAACUAGCAACAUCGACACAAAAACAGAUGAAAUUAUGCAGCGCGUUAUCAGAGAGAAAUUCUGCAACCACACCAUUAUCGCAGUGGCCCACAAACUUGACACAAUUCUCGACUUUGACCGUAUCAUCGUCUUAGACGCCGGUCGCAUCGUUGAGAAUGGGGCACCUCACGUGCUUCUUUGUGAGCCCAAGUCGCACUUCAGCAAACUUUAUGCAAGUGCCAUGGCGACGGAGGAAUCAGAUUAA